AUUCAUCUGGCAACCCCCUGUUCAACUGCGUUUCCUGUUCAGCUUGGAUCAGACUGGCCUGCCCGACGUUGUUGGGCGGUGAGAUUAUAUCGCUGUGCGUGCAGUUUACAAUUCGGGAAAGAAGAGAGAAGUAGUCUGGAUUAAGACCGAUAUUCAAGGGGGACACAUCUGAAGAGGGUCGGAGCAGGCAGGAUGGUGACCAUUCCGGAGUACUACGAGGGCAAGAGCGUCCUGAUCACGGGCGCCACGGGCUUCAUGGGCAAGGUGCUGCUGGAGAAGCUGCUCCGCUCCUGCCCCGGCGUGCGGGCCGUCUACGUGCUGGUCCGCCAGAAGGCCGGGCAGGACCCCCACACGCGCGUCGCCGAGAUGGUCAACUGCAAGCUCUUCGACAGGCUGAGAGACGAGCAGCCGGCCUUCGCCGAGAAAAUCGUUCCCGUCAGCAGCGACCUGACCCAGCCGGAACUGGACCUGAGCAAGGAGGACCAGGAGACCCUGGCCGACUGCGUGAACAUAGUCUUCCACUGCGCCGCCACCAUCCGCUUCAACGAGCCUCUCAAGGACGCGAUCCAGCUGAACGUCCUGGCCACGCAGAAGAUGGUGGCGCUGGCGCACAGGAUGAAGCAGCUGGAGGUGUUCAUCCACGUCUCCACGGCCUACGCCAACUGCGACCGCACGGUCAUCGAGGAGCUGGUGUACCCUCCGCCCGUCGACUACAAGAAGCUGAUCGACUCCCUGGAGUGGAUGGAUGAGAAGCUGGUGAAUCUGAUCACACCGAAGCUCAUCGGGGACCGGCCCAACACGUACACGUACACCAAGGCGCUGGCCGAGUACCUCGUCCAGCAGGAGUGCGGGAACCUGAACGUGGCCAUCGUCCGGCCCUCCAUCGUGGGCGCCAGCUGGAAGGAGCCCUUUCCGGGCUGGAUCGACAACUUCAACGGGCCGAGCGGGAUCUUCAUCGCCGCGGGGAAGGGGAUCCUCCGCACCAUGAGAGCCUCCAACAGCGCGGUGGCCGACCUGGUGCCGGUGGACGUGGUCAUCAACACCACGCUGGCGGCGGCCUGGUACUCCGGGUCCCAGCGAUACGCCAGGCCUAAAAGCAUUUUGGUGUACAACUGCACAACCGGUGGCAUCAACCCCUUUCACUGGGGAGAAGUCGAGUACCAUGUAAUAUCCACUUUCAAGAGGAACCCCCUUGAGCAGGCCUUCAGACGGCCCAAUGUUAAUCUCACAUCCAAUCACCUUAUCAAUCAGUACUGGAUUGCUGUUAGCCACAAGGCGCCAGCAAUCCUUUAUGAUCUCUACCUCAGGAUAACAGGAAGACCGCCAAGGAUGAUGAAGACCAUCACCAGGCUGCACAAGGCCAUGAUGGUGCUGGAGUACUUCACCAGCCACUCCUGGGUGUGGAACACGGACAACGUGACCAUGCUCAUGAGCCAGAUGAGCCCUGAGGACAAGAAGAUGUUUAACUUCGACGUGCGGCAGCUGCACUGGGCCGAGUACAUGGAGAACUACUGCAUGGGGACGAAGAAGUACGUGCUGAACGAGGAGCUGUCGGGCCUGCCGGCUGCCAGGAAGCACCUCAACAAGUUGAGAAACAUCCGCUACGCGUUCAACACCAUCCUGGUGGUGCUGGUGUGGCGCGUGUUCAUCGCCCGCUCUCAGAUGGCCCGCAACAUCUGGUACUUCGUGGUCAGCCUGUGCUUCAAGUUCCUGUCCUACUUCCGAGCGUCCAGCACCAUGAGGUACUGAGGCCGGCGCGCGGAAGGCUGCCCCCCCCAGGCUCCUCCUGUCCUCUCCUCUCCUCUCCUCCCCCCGCCUCCGACCCCCCCCCCCCCCCUUCCCAGAUAGCUAUGCAUUUGGCAAAAAUGCUCUUCAAAGCGUGGACAUCAGGGUCACCGCACUGCGUGACACGGCAUGACAGUGUGACGUCUCUCUCUCUCUCUCUCUCUCGGCCAUACGUUCUGUUAAUACGUGACUGCAUUCGCAUUUUGGGGUGGGGCUGGGGUUUUUUUUUGUUUUGUGUUUGUUUUCCACCCCUCAUCCCUCCCCUGGCUCGGCCCAGCCUCUGGGCGCCCCACCUUCACUCGCUGAUAUGGCAAUAAUGACUGGGCUCCCGAUCGCACGAGCUAGCGCAGGCGGUCGAUUUGCGCCGCGACGGCUUCACGUUUCUGUGCCUGAAUCUCGAGAUCGCCUCGCCUCACCGUCUGGUCUUGUGACCGUUUUUUUUUUUUUUUUUGUUUAGAUUUUUUUUUGAAGUCUUUGGCCGGUUGCUUUUCCACCAAAGCCAUUCCAUUAUGUCGCUUCUGAAUAUAGCCAAAAUGCUGUUCGCUUUUCCUUGUUUUAAGAAGUUGCAAUGAUCUUUACGUAGCUUUUGCCAGUUUUUUUUUUUUUUUUUUUUUAUUUUUUAAAUUUUUUUUUAAGUUCUUUCCAUGGAAGAGUUUAUUCUGGUUGUCAUCUGGGUAACUGCUCCUCCAUAGACUUUUUAAGGAUAUUAUUAUUAUUAUUAUCAUCAUUAUUAUUGUCUGUAACCUCUUCCCAUACUUUGGAGGUCCAGAUACCUACAGACAUGGACAUUUGAGUGUUUGAUGAAGACCCAAGCUUUGUCAUAUAGCGAAGUCCCAGUGUGUGUACGGUUUCUUCGCCGAAUGUCGUUGAUGCUCUUAAUAGCGGCAGGCGUAGUCGGCUUACGCAGCGGCGUCGCCGGCUGCUGCCGGAAGCGCGUCGAGUCGUCACCACGACGAUACGCCGAGACGUGCCAGAGCACUUGAAGCGGCUGUUGAGAUUUUGUUAAGCUGUGCGAUCUUUUUUUGUUUGUUUGUUUGUUUGUUUUUUUUUUUUAAGACUCAAUUUCUUUCUCCAUGUACAUAUUGUCAAAGGGUGGUGAUUGGAAUUCCUUUUUUUGUUUGUUAUUCUACUGAUUCGUGUUUUACUUUGUCAUUCUGUGGGAAUGUAUUUGUUUUUGUUCCAGAAUUUCGUUUGAGAUAUACCUUAAAGAAUUGGAGUUUUUUAUUUUUUUGGGGGUUUCUAGGCUGUCGCCUGUGGGGUAUAGAGCUUUUUUUUGGGGGGGGGGGGGUGCUUCGAUGUUAAGACGUUUGAAGGGUGCGUCAGUUGUGCCUGAACUCGAAAUGAAAUGUGAAAGAGAAAUUGUGUGUUUUCUAACAGGUUUGUGUAAAACUAUUUAACUAGCUAACAAGACUAGAAUAUAAACAUUCUAAGCGGAGUUAUAAAGUAUUUUUGUGCUCACAAUAAACGCAAAGUGGCUAUUUAUUUACUAAACGUGAAGCUCGAGUGAAGGCAUUAAAAACGGAGCCGGUGUCAGCUGCUGUUUGUACCCAUGACGGGUAAUGCCCAUUUUCCGGAAAGCCAUUCAACAGCUUUUCAUUGGUCUGUUUCGUACGCCAUACCUACUGUUAUCUUCAGCCGAAAUCAUUACAGUUAUCAUGAGAGAUUCUGUUUUUCCAGUUCGUGCGUGUUUGUAACCGAAAAAAAAAAAUGAAUGUCGACUCUUUCCAAGUGCAAAGUUUUCAUCCUAAUGUCAUCGUACGUUCUUCGUGACUGAGUUGGAUUGCCUCAGUUUGAAUUGUCCCAAGUUUUAUUUUUUAUUUUUAAGUCUUUAGCUCCAUUUUGUAUUUUUAUUUUGAAAGAACGCUUGCAGAAUACAGUGAAGCUUCUGUCUGUUACGCGAGGCAGUUUCGACGGUAGAUUUCAUCCUGCGUAGGCUACUUCUGCAACAAUCAAAAACGAUCAAACUAGGGAAGCUUGUGUCUCCUACUUGAAAAACGAAAACAAAAGGUGUUUAUUUGGACAACAAGCUGUGGUUUAUGUUUUAAACGGCCCCACAAGGACAUCAUGGGAGUUUGGUGGCAUUGAAUUUAUCAUAUGGUCUUCAGAGGGCAUUACAUGCCUGUGUCUAACACUAACUCUUCAUUUCCUUUUAUUCGCAUCAUUCUUUAUGGUUUUUUUUCCCCCUUCCCCGUCUCAUCAGAGAUAACAUGUAUGUAAAAUUUAUUACUGUUUUGGUUACUGUUCUUUCUGCUUGCAAAGUUGUACUGUUUGUGUUGUACUUGCCCCGGUAUAGUAUGGUACAGUUUAGUUACCCCUCCGAAGGUGAUACUGUGCAGUGCCCAGGUGAAUGAUGUAUCCCCUCAUAUUCUGAAAUUGUUUUUUUUUUCUGUGUGUGUGUGUGUGUUUAUUGUUCAAAUACAAAAGAAAUCCCCUUGUACACAGUCUUCAGUUCAGAACGAGUAAAAAAAAAAAAUGUUGCCACAGUUAAUGGAAAAAAAUCAAUGGGUGCCUUUGUUUGUAAACCAAAAAAAAGAAAAAAAUAAACUAUGUGAAAUCCUA